CCAGUGCAAACACACCGAGGUUUGUAUCGCAGGCCUGAACCCUGACACCGAGACUGAGCUGUGGGUGUGUGAGAGACCCUGAGACAUAACUGCCACUGACAGAGACUCAGAGGCUUAGACUGACCAGGACAUUUCCUAUAGCAGAAUGCACAGUAAAACUUUGGGAAAUGAUAGAAAAAGGAAUUCUAAAUCAAACAUCAGACAAGAGAUUGAACAUGGAUUUAGAAGAGACUUUGAUGAGAAACAUGAUGAGUAUCUGAUAUUACUUCAGCAGCGAAACAGGGCCCUAAAUCACAGCAGAGUGAAGGAUCCUGAGCAAGAAAAGCUGGAGCACUUGGAGCAGGGAUUUUCUCUGUAUCUCAAUGGGGCAAAUGCAGAACUGAGGAAGCAGCAGAGCAGUCAGGGGUCAAAAAAACCUAAAGUUACAGGUGACUUGUUACUGGGAAGGAGAAGCCAAACGGCACCAGGGAAGAUUCAGAGGAAAACGUGGGUGCAGGACUCUGUGACUAUUAAAACUGAAGGAGGAUCUCGUAUUCAUAUUAGUCCGGGAAUAAAAUAUUCUGAAGACUUUGAGGCUGACGAUGAGGAGUCAGAUGAGGCUGCUGAUAGUUACAAGUGUAUAACCGGUCCGGCUGAAAAGAGUGUAAAGGACAGGUUGCUUCUAGAUGCCAAUCAUGUCAAAGCUAUCAGAGAAAGUUUAGCCCAGAGUUUAACCUUGCGCCACAGUGACACAGAGAGCUCGUCUGGUUCUGACUCUAUUGAGGAAGAGGUUAUAGAAUGUGAGGCCAAUGAAAUGGAGACCGAAAACCCAAUUCAACCCCUUGAAUUACGGCCACAAAAGCUCCUCCCUGGGGAUUUGGUUGUGCUGGAGUUUAACGGUGUCAAGAAAGAAAGACAAAUUGUGUCCGCUAAACAAAAGGACAACGCCGACCUUUACAUUCCUACAAAACCUGUCAUGGUGAAAGGUAAAAUGCAGAGAUCCAAGUCUUCGUGUUCCUUCAGCCAAGAGCUCUGCGCUCCAUCUAGACCUACAAGUCGGCUGGAGCGGCCACUGUCUACAGCCCGAACAGCUACAUCAGUAGAUAAAGAUUCAGAUGGAUUUGCCGCUAACGUUAUCAGCGCCAUCCAGCAAGAAAACAAGGCGGUAAUGCGAGCAGCCAAGGCAGAAUGGCAGAGGACAUCAACUUCUUCAAAAGGGAGAAAAGACGGUGUUGUUGUGCAAGCCAUUGAAAGAAUAAGUCAUAUGAAUUUAAGUGACCAGAAGAGGCUGCUGAAAGCUCUCCAGAACAUUGAAGGUGAUUCUUCAUUACAAAAUAACCCUGAUGAAAUCAGUCGGGAAUCUGAUCUGCCCGCAGCUAAGGAUGCCGUGUAUAUUACUAUUGAGAUUUUAUCCAACUGGGGAAAUUGUUACAGCGUUGGGUUAACAGAAGUUGAGUUCUUCGAUAAAAAUGACCACAAAAUCUUUGUGUCUCCUCAUGAUGUGAACGUCCGAAAUGCUGAUUUUCCUGGGGACCUCGGCUGUUUAGUCAACGGGAAGACACAGACUACCAAGGAUCACCUCAUGUGGACCUGCUCCUUCCAUCCUCCUGUGCAGCUUUACUUUGUCGUCCGCAAUCCCACAAGGUCAUGUGACGUUGAAAUCUGCAGGAUGAAGAUCUGGAAUUAUAACAAUACUGAUCUUGACAUUGGUGCACAACACGUGAGGAUAUAUAAAGAUGAAAACUGCGUGUUUGAUGGAAUUUUGGAAAGAGGUUGCGGGAACCAUGUCUUUGAUUACAACAACACCGUUGAUUUGCAAACUGGUCAAAUAGUGAGUUCCUGGCCGCCUGCUGUUAACACGAACAGAGAUGACAUUGCGGCGUUAGUGGACAAUGACAAUAUGACCACAGCCUCUACCAGUAUUCUACAAAGUAGUACUGAUGGUAAAUUACAUUAUAAUUCACAUGAAACCAAUAAUUGUAAAACUGUUGGACCUCAGACAGAGGUGAACUCAUCAGACACUUUCUCUAGGGAUAUGCAGCCGGAAACUCCUUCAGCGCUACAUAAACAUUUUCAGCACCUUGAACUGUCCACUUCUUUAGCAGAGCCAGGAUUUAUGUCUAAUGCUACUGAAGACCAAGCAAAGCUCUGUAAUGAGACAGAUUCUAACAUCCUAAGUGGUGAUUUGGACUUUGAACCAGAUAACUUACAUGCGCACAGUGCUGUACACGCCCCAUCCGCACAGCUUCCUCAAUCUGAUAGCCAGACACUGCAGGAGCAAUUAGAAAUAAUUACAGGGAGAAAACUUAGAGAAUCUUCUAAUAAAACACCUACUUGGUUAUCUCCUGCUUCUAACAACCACAAGGAAACUCAAGAUUCAGACAUAGAGAGUUUUCUCACGUUCUCUUCCAACUACCCUUUCAGUAAAGGAGCUUGUCAGAGUUUUGCUUGUAGUCACUUCCCAGGGAACAGCAAUCAAGUGCAGAAUGCAGACUGCCAACACCUACGUAAAGCUGAACCUGAAAAAGAUCUCCCACCUGCAAGUUCAAGAAGAACAUAUGAUGAUGAUUUGGAAAAUUUCCCAAACAACUGUUCUCCUAAGCCCGAGCGUCUGGUCAGUGGUAGGAGAAAAGCUCUGAAAGAGACGAGUUUAGGAACAGAAAACUGUGGAGAGAUGAGCUUGUCAGGGACACAUAAUCAAGGACAGCCCAAACACGUUAGGCCAAGAUGGCGUAACGAUCCUGAGAACAGCUUGAUGGAGUCCUGGACGUCUUUACUGAAAUUCAACCAGUCCCACAGUGGCAGGAUCUCCAACAUGCAGUAUGAAGGGGAUAUAUUUGAUGAGUUUCUUCAACAAAAAAAGAUUAGAAAACAACACGAUCUGAAUCGCAAGGAAAAUGCAUUGGAACUGCCCAGAGUGCCUAAUGGCAGCACCAUAGAAACUGAGAAAGAUGAAGGUAGUGAUUUUGAAAUCCCAGUUUUGCCAUACGGGCAACAUAUGUGCAUUAAAAUUGCAACCACUUGGGGUGACAGACACUAUGUCGGCCUAAAUGGGAUUGAAAUAUUUUGUUCCAAUGGAAACCCUGUUCACAUAGCUAAGAUCAAAGCAGAUCCACCUGAUAUUAAUAUUUUACCGACCUACGGUAAAGACCCCAGAGUGGUGACCAACCUAAUAAGUGGUAUCAACAGGACACAAGAUGACAUGAAUCUCUGGUUGGCGCCAUUCACCCCUGGGAAACUUCAUUACAUAUACCUGGACUUUGUUCAGCCGUGUAAGGUGGCCGUGCUGCGCAUUUGGAAUUAUAAUAAGUCCAGAAUACAUUCAUACCGAGGAGUGAAAGACAUUGAAAUACUUUUAGACAAUAAAAUAAUCUUUAAAGGAGAAAUUGCAAAGGCGUCUGGGACCCUCUCUGGCGUAGCGGAACAAUUUGGCGAUACAAUUCUAUUCACAACCGAUGAUGACAUUUUGCAAGCGGUUUCUUUGUACGAUGAAACAUUUCAGGAUGACUUUGAUGACGCUGAUGUGAAAAAAGAUGAAGAAAAGGACAGAAUACGGCCAAAGACUGCAGAUGGGGAGGAGGAGAGACCCUUUACACAAGCAGGCUUCUGGGACAAAAUACAGGUCUGUGAUCGAGGAGAUGUACCAGAUAAUACCGUGCACAGCACAAUAGACGGCGUAUUCAGUGGACAGGGUCUUCACCUGAAUUUCACAUCAACGUGGGGUGACUUGCACUACCUGGGGCUGACGGGACUUGAGGUUGUGGGUUUGGAUGGUCAAGCUCUACCGAUCAGCCUGGCGCAGAUUACUGCGUCUCCUCCAGACCUGAGCGUGCUUCCUGAUUACCAGAACGACUCCCGGACCUUAGAUAAGUUAAUAGACGGCAUUAAUAUAACGUGUGAGGAUGAACACAUGUGGCUUAUUCCGUUUACUACUGGGCAAGAUCACACAGUCGCCGUCUGUUUUGAGAAAGCUGAGAGCAUUGCUGGACUGCGAAUCUGGAAUUACAACAAAUCCCCUGAAGACACAUAUAGAGGGGCCAAGACAGUUCACGUUUCUCUUGAUGGGCACUGUAUCUCCCCGCCAGGGGGCUUCCUGAUCCGUAAAGGACCUGGAAACUGUCACUUUGAUUUUGCCCAAGAGAUUCUGUUUAUUGAUUAUGUGCAGCAAGAACAAACUCACAAACAAUCAAGGAGCCACAUAAAGUGUGCAGAGCUCGCUACUAUGGACUACGAAGCACCUCUGAUGCCAAGCGGCUUUAUCUUUCAGUUUCAGCUUCUCACCAGCUGGGGAGACCCGUACUACAUAGGGUUAAAUGGCCUUGAGAUGUACAGUGAACAUGGGGAGAAACUUCUUCUUACUGAAAACAAUAUCGCCGCUUUUCCAGAAAGCAUCAAUGUAUUAGAGGGUGUGAGCGGGGAUGUGAGGACCCCAGACAAACUUAUUGACAACAUUAAUGACACCACUGAUGGCAGACACAUGUGGCUGUCCCCCAUCCUUCCUGGCUUGGUGAACCGUAUUUAUGUUGUUUUUGAUCAGCCGACCACGGUGUCUAUGAUAAAACUAUGGAAUUAUGCCAAAACUCCUCAAAGGGGUGUAAAGGAAUUUGGUUUGCUUGUGGAUGAUCUGCUUGUGUACAAUGGGAUCCUGAACACAGUUGGCCACGUAUCCCAUGGGAUCCUACCCACUUGUGACCCAGUGAUCCCGUAUCACACCAUCCUCUUCGCUAACCACGUGAAAAUCUCUGAAGCCGACAAACGGACAGUCAUUAGUAACCACGUGGAAGAUCAAGACGUCCGAAUGAUGAACGACAAUAAGAUAGUUGUCAAUUUCAAGAAGAAGCACUCGGCUGAUCCAGCUCUGCGCCCGAAAACCUGCAUCACUGGCAAAGAUACAGGAAGGCGAACGCGAUAUUGAUUCUUCCAUGAUGCGCUGUACAGUGGACAUUAUUUAGCACUAUAGGGUUACUAUUUAUUAUUGUACAGAAAAUGUACAGCUGUUAUCUCCAUAUGUAUAUUUUUUACUUUUGAAGAAUAAAUAACAAAAUGGACAA